UUUCAAGUUUUUAUUAACUUCACUUCACCUUUUUCCUGUGUAGACUGAGAGUAAUAUUAUUGACGUUUCGCCUUUUCAGGCUUUUGCAGUUUUGGUUUCUACUUUCUACUACAUUCUUAGUUUCUUGACUGUCUACAAGCAGGUACAAGAUCAGCUAUUGGGGGGAAAAACAUGAGAGGUAGUCAGUGGCUUUGUAACAGGAGUUUGUUCACGAAUGGUCUAGAGCAGUAACCAUGAGCUAGGAGUGGAAGAGACCUAGUGAUUGGUUCCGAUCAUGUGGACUGUUUUGGGGGAUGACAAGAAACUAGCAUCAGAAAUAGGAAUAUAUUCCUUGUUGUUUGUCUUUACAAACUUUGUCAAUAAGUAUGUCCUAUCUGUUCUAGACUUCAAAUACCCAACUGUGUUCCAGGGAUGGCAGACUCUUGUCGGUUUUAUAGUCUUGCGAAUCCUCAUGGUCUCGAAACAUAUCCCAACAAUGAUGACAGACACCAGCAGGUCAGAUUGGGUUCCAUGGAUACCUGGUAUGAUGCUGUUUGCCGGAUCUGUCUACUCGGGAUCAAAGGGUCUCGCUAAUCUACCAUUGCCUGUGUUCUUUGCCCUGCAGAAUUUAGCCUCGGUCAUCAUGUGUGGAGUGCAAAUGAUCCUAACACAGACAUUGACGAGUUUCUUUACGUACUGUAUGAUGAUGUUGACCGUAAUAUCCUCCAUUGUCAUCAUUCACAGUGAUCCACAGUUCAGUCAACAAGGAUACAUCUGGAUUGGAGUUCACAUUAUUUUCACAGGAGGUUUACAAAUUUACACGAAAUUGAUGACCGGAAGGUUAAAGUCAAGCUCAUUGGAGAAGUUGUAUUGUAAUUAUAUCUACUGCAUAAUUUUGUUUGCACCCUCAAGUUAUUUACUAGGAGAUGCUCUUGAAGCAGCCAGUUUUCCUUAUCUCUAUUUUUCCAAGUUUUGGUUUGGGUGCAUCUUGAGUGGGGUAUUUGGUGUUUUGUUAUGUAUACAGUCCAUAAACUUACAGGAAAAAGAAUUGGGACCAACAGAUUUUGCUAAAGUUCAGGGCUUCUCGAAGAUAUUAGCCUCUGCCGUGUCAUAUUUUGUGUUCGAUGAUUUCUAUACAGCUAAUUUUGCCAUGUGGAUUUUUAUCAAUUUGGUUGCUGGACUUACGGUAGAAGAUUCUCGUCUGUCGCCUCCUGAAGGGAAAAACACAAAAGAUUCCAGUCAACACAAUAAUCCACCGCCCUCUAGUCGCCACAAUGUCCUCUACGAGGAUUUCAUUAAAGACGAUGACAGUUACAUCAAUGAUUUCACAGGACCAGAUGACCUCUGAUAAACUUUUUCAUCACUCUGCGUGACAUUUGUUAGCUGUCCAUUUGAGUGAUCAAACUCCUAAGCAAGUGGUCAGAACUUUUUCAGCGCAUUGUAUCUUUGUGAUAACUUGAAAUAUUCGUGAACUUUUUCAGCACAUUGUGUCUUUGUGAUAACUUGAAAUAUUCGUCACCGUUGGGAAACAUUUGUUAGAGUUUGAGAUUCAGGGUCAAGGUCACAGCAGGUGACAUGUGUUACUAGUUUUAUCAAUUAAUUUGAAUUGUUGUCUUAUUUAUUUUUGUUGUUAAUGUGUACAAUAUAUAUUUAUGGAAAUAAAUGUGAAGGAAAA